CGACCACCACUCUACUCCUGUCUCGCAGUCAGCCAGCGCGCGGGCCGUCGCUUCUCACCCCAGACAGCUGCCGGCGCCAUCAGCAUGUCGCACUGGAGCGAGCAGUCGCACCUGCUCCUCUCCAACUCGUCGCUCGGCAUUCCCAUCUCCUCGCUGCUCUUCGACCCCUACUCCGAUCUGCUCUUCUCCGGCACGUCGCUCGGCCAGCUCGGCGCGCACUACGGCCCGCACCUGGCGCGCUACACCAGCUGCCUCGCACACGGCAGCCGUGCGCGCCCUGAGAGCGUGCGUGGCAUCAUCGCCGACGAGCGCCACGUCUUUACUGUGGGCGAGCGAGGCGUGCGCGCCGGCAACCGGAGGGGCGUGGCGAGGUGGGGCUGCAGCAUCGCCUCGUCACACCCGACGCUCUCGCUCUCGUCCAUCUCCUUCUCGCCCCUCUCGUCGUCGUCCGACAUCAUCGCAUGCGGCUCGAACGCAGCACAGGGGCCGCAAGGCCAGGGCGCACGGGAGGAGGACAGCGUCAUCGUGCUGAACGCCAGCGUCGGCGGCGUGGUCAGGAAGGCAUCGUCGGACGCGCCUCUGCUCCACGUGCGGCGCACCUCGCGGCUAGUUGCCUGCGGCACGACGACGGGCCACAUCCAGCUGCGCGAUCCACGCUCGCUCAACGUCGAGCACCGUCUGCAUGCGCAUCCGGGCGGCCUCAUAGAUCUGCAGGGCGAUGGGAAUCUCUUGUGGAGCGCUGGCUGGACUGUGCGCCUGGGACAUCCUGUGCCCGAGCCGCACGUCAAGGUGCACGACGUGCGCAACAUGCGCGCUCUCGUGCCCAUUCCCUUUUCGGCGCCUGGCGGUCCUGCGCUGCUGGCGAUCCAUCCCAAGCUCAGCACGACAGUCGUCGUCGCCUCGCCCGGCGGCCAGUUCCAGAUCGUCGACGUGAACAACCCUGGCGAAGGGCAGUUCUGCCAGGUCAACACGUCGAGCUAUCUCACGUCGCUGGCCUUCUCGCCGUCGGCCGACUACAUCGCGUUCGGCGAGGCCGACGGCUCGGUGCGACUGUGGUCGUCCGCGCCCGACGCUGCCAACUCGGGCUUGCGCUUCACUCCGUUCCAUGCCAGCGCGCCAGAGGCACCUGACGUGCCCGAGCUGCCUGCGCCGGUGAACUGGAGCACAGACACCCCGUUGUCCAGCAUCGGCAUGCCCUACUUCUCCUCGCCGCUGCUCUCUUCCAUUCCAUACGAGCACUACUGCUCCGACGCCUCGCCUCUGUUCAAUCCGCCGCGUAAGAUCGACCCGACGGUGCUCUCCUCGAUGCGCACCGUCGAAGGCGUCUCUUACGCGCCGCUGCCGCGGCAUCUUCGCGGCAAGCGUGGCCUCAUUCGUGGAGCAGGUCCUGGCGGCGCCAGCGCCGGCAACGCGAUGAAGGCCGCUGGUCUCUCUGGCUCUCGUGCGCCCGAGGAGCGGAGGCGUAUUGGCGUGCCGAUGUUCCGCAGUGAGAAGGAGAAGGAGGCCAUGAAGCGCGGCACGAACGGCAUCGAGGAUGACGCGACGGAGGCGCCGCUCAGCCCGGGAGAGGCAAGGGAUCAGGCGAUGCCGGGCUACUACGGCGUCAAGACGAUCCAGUACAGCCGCUUCGGCAUCGAGGACUUUGACUUUGGCUUCUACAAUAAGACGCCAUACUCAGGCCUCGAGACGCACAUCCAGAACUCGUACGCCAAUGCACAUCUGCAGGCGCUCUACUACCUCGGGCCGCUGCGGCGCAUCGCCAAGGCGCACAUCCUCGACGGCGCACCCGGCUGCUCGCGCGAGAACUGCCUGCUCUGCGAGGCCGGCUUCCUCUUCCGCAUGCUCGAGACGGCAAAGGGCGCCAACUGCCAGGCCACCAACUUCCUCAAGGCGCUCGGCACGUCAGAGCGUGCCGCCUCGCUGGGCCUGAUGGACAAGGAGGACUCGCCGAGCGCGGACACGGCGUACAGCAACCUGAUCCAGACGUUCAACCGCUUCGUCCUCGACACGAUCAGCCUCGAGGCCAUCCUGCCGUCGGCAGCUGCGAGCUCGCGAGGCGGACAGAGCAACGUGCUCAGUCCAGCGCAGGGCCCUAUCUCCAAGCUGUUCGGCCACUCGGUGCGCACACGCACGACGUGCUCGUCCUGCGGAGUCGCCGCAGAUCGCGAGAGCAACUCGCACGUCGUCGACUUGAUAUACCCGCGCAAGGCCUUGUCGAACGAGCCGCCGCCGCCGUCGGACUUUGCUUCCAUCCUGCGAGCCUCGCUGGUGCGCGAGACCGUGACGAAGUCCCACUGUCGCACGUGCGGCACGCCGGCGGCGCUGAUGCGUAGUCGGCGAGAGCUGCCGCAGCGGCCGCAGCUGCCGCAGGCGCUCAGCAUCAAUGCGUCGGUGCACACUGCCGAGCACCUCGGCUUCUGGCUCGACGGCGUUGGUCCUGGCGCGUCGGCAUCGGCCACGGCUGCCUCCGGCGGCAAGCUGCGGCGAACAUUCUUGCCGCCGAUGCUGGCGCUCGACGUCAACGGCGAAGACGUGCGGGCACGAGGCAUCUGGGACAACGAGGAGCGCGCAUCCUUUCCGGACGCGGCUAUCUACGCGCUCCGCUCCAUGGUCGUGCAGAUUCAAGCAGACAAGGAGGCGCCGCAUCUCUGCACGAUCGUGCGCGUGCCGGAAGAGCCGUCGGAGGGCGAGGACAACGGAGGCAGCGCAGAACGCAAGUGGUACCUCUUCAACGACUUCCUCGUCCGGCCGCUACCCGAGCAUGAGGCGCUUGGCAUGCCUGGCGUGUGGAAGAUCCCCGCCGUGCUCUUCUUCGAGCGCAUCGACUGCGAGGUCCUCGACCUGAGCCACCUGACUGCCGAGCCGGACACGAGCAUCCUAUGUCAGGACAUCUCGAUCGCCAGAAGCCGAGAUCCUGCGCGCGUCCGGCACACACCUCUCGAUGCGAGCGAGCUGCCGAAGCCAGGCACACUGGUGGCCAUUGAUGCCGAGUUUGUGGCCUUGAGUAUGGAGGAGCUGGAAGUGCGGUCAGACGGCACGCGCUCCGUCAUCCGCCCGAGCCGCCUCACGCUGGCGCGUGUGUCAGUGCUGCGCGGCGAGGGUCCAGACGAGGGCAAGCCGUUCAUCGACGAGCACAUCCACACGCGCGAGCCCGUCGUCGACUAUCUCACGCAAUUCUCCGGCAUCUUGCAGGGCGACCUUGAUCCCGCCACGUCGAAGCACACGCUCGUGCCGCUCAAGGUGGCGUACAAGAAGCUGCGCCUGCUCGUCGACAUGGGCUGCAUCUUCAUCGGGCACGGGCUGAAGAAGGACUUCCGCAUCAUCAACAUCCACGUGCCCGAGGCGCAGGUCAUCGACACCGUCGACCUGUACCACAGCGCCAGCCAUCCGCGCAAGCUCUCGCUGCGCUUCCUCAGCUGGUUCCUGCUCAAGCAGGACAUCCAGUCGGGCACCAGUGCGUUCGAGGGGCACGACUCGAUCGAGGAUGCAUACGCUGCGCUGCGGCUGUACCGCAUGUACGAGUCGUUCGAGAAGGACGGCCGGCUUGCCGACGUCAUGGAGGACCUGUACGACGAGGGACGCAGGGUAAACUGGAAGCCGCCAUCCUCGGCCGCACCCACGGCAAUGGACGCAGAGGCAGCUGCACUCGCAUCGCAAGGCGCAUGGCCGUCAUUGACAUGAGAUCUCACU